AUGGAGGCAGUCGACUGCGACAAGGACGCCUGUGCGGCUACAGUUCUCAGCGUAUUCCCAGACAUAUGUCUUCGAUACCUGGAAGAGACAGCCGCCAAGGUCAACCAUAACCCCGACCAAACAAUCGACACCAUUCUGGGUUCCGCCGAGAAAGGCGGAUCUUACCCCAAGGCAUCCCGCCAGAAAAAUCUUAAGCGGAAGCGUGAAGGAUCGGCUGAGGAUGAUGAGAAGGCAAACAUCCUCCGCCUCUAUGCCUACCCAGGCCGAGAGCGGGAAGUUGAGGCGAGAUACAUCGACAAGUCGGAGCAAAUCCUGAAGCAUGAUUUCCCUCAGGUUCUCCAGAAGUGCCUCGCGAAGGUCUUCUUUGACCAUGACAAUCAACUGCUGCCCACAUACCUUCGCAUAGAUCAAGCUGUCGAGGAUCUGAAAAAAGGUGUACGAGAUGGCCUCCCUCCCGGCUUUGCGCUCAAGAAGAAGCCGACUCCGCCAUCGGAGCGUAUCUUUGAGGGAGAGAGACUGGAUCACCUCAUGAGAACGGCGAACCCUGUUGAAAAGAGAGCUUUGGACGAACUUGUGGCCGCCCGCCAAGUGCUGGAGGCUACCAAGACCAAGCAAGAAGCAGCUAGACUUGAGGCUGCCAGAGAGGCUGAGAACUUUGAGACAGCAAAGGCCCUUGGCACUGUUUUGGACUGUGGCUGUUGUUAUGGCGAGUUUGCUUUCAAUCGUAUGGUCUGCUGCGAGAAAGAAACCCAUUUCUUUUGUGUCGACUGUGCACGCCGCAACGCCGAGACAGUUGUUGGUCUCUCGAAAUAUGAGAUCACAUGCAUGUCCACAGAUGGAUGCGAUGCUGUAUUCUCCUACAAAGAACGCGCCAAGUUCAUUAACGAGCAGCUCACCCAAGCUUUAGAUCGCAUUGAAUCCGAGGCCAAUCUUCGAAUGGCUGGCAUUGACGGCUUGGAGACCUGUCCCUUCUGUCCUUAUGCUGCCGAAUAUCCGCCUGUCGAAUCCAACAGAGAGUUCAAGUGCGAGAAUCCCGAAUGCCACGUGGUCAGCUGCCGGCUCUGCAGAGAAGAAACCCAUAUACCCAGAACCUGCGAAGAAGCUGCUAGUGACAGCACAGAAGGUGCUCGGCGUCAGAUUGAGGAGGCCAUGUCCACUGCGCUCAUCCGCAAAUGCAACAAGUGCGGCAUGGCUUUCGUCAAGGAAUCAGGGUGCAACAAGAUGACUUGUCCCAAGCGUGGAUGUAGGAACAUCCAGUGCUACGUUUGCUCCAAGUCGUGCGACUACGCUCACUUUGACGACAAGACUAGAGGUGGAAAGAAGGGCAACUGUCCCCUCUUUGACGAUGUCAACACACGCCACAAUGAGGAAGUGCAACACGCCGAGGCACAAGCCCGCCAGGGGAUUCUAGAGCGACACCCAUCGAUGAAAGCAAAGGAAGACCUUCUCAAGGUCAACUCGGGGGUUCCCGUGGCACCAGCAGUCCCCAAGGAGAACCGCCUAGAAGCUCGAGCUGCCCAGGAAUGGGCGGAAGUAGAUGCCAUGAUUGAGCGGCAUGAUCUCGAGGUACGACCUUUUUACCGCCCGAAUGUCCAACCCGGAAUGGUUCAACCAGUUCCUGGCAUUCCCUAUCAGUGGACUCCGGCCGGCAUUUAUCAGCCAAUGCCACAGCCACAAGCUCAUCCUUUUGUUGCGCCGGGAGGGGUUGCUGCUGGAGUCCAGAAUCCGUGGUUUCACUUGGGUCCUCCAAACUAUGCAUACUUGCAUGGCCAUAACUACAUGAUGCUAGAUCAGCAACAUGGCCCAGUCGUCGGACCCGGACCAGGUUUCGGAAUUCCGCAAGAUCCCAGAGGCCCUUACUUGGGACAAAACAAUGCACUGCCGGCGGCUCCCCAGCUUGUAGGCCCAGCAAUGCCAGGCAUCGCGCCUCACCAGCCUGCAGUCCAAGCAGUGCCAGGCAUCGCGCCUCGCCCGCCGCCUGCAGUUCAAGCAGUGCCAGUCAUCCCGCCACCCGAUCAGGCAAGACUUGAUGAUCCUAACAACUUGGGCUUCGAAGAGGGAUGGGGUCCAGAGUACGGAGAACCUAGAGAGUUGAAGAGGCAGAAGUUCCUCAAUAAGGGUGCGGCACGGCCUGACCACCAGAACAUGAUCGAUAAGGCAAGGGGGCAGCGGGCACGUCAGCAGGCCGAGCAUCAGUCCCGGCACCUCAUGGCCCAUCAUUUUGAAGCCGUACCGGAGGAUAAUGACUUUUUCGGAACUCGACUGGAACGACUUGGAGGACCUGUGCAGCCCGCCAUGGCCGAUUUUCCUGCAGCUCGAUUAGGAGCCGGCCCCGGUAGCGGACCUCGAUUGGGAGUUGGACCUCGAAUGGCAGUCGGCUCCAAUGGCGGAUCUCGAUUUGGAGUAGGGCCCAAUGGCGGACUCGCACGAUUCGUGGCUAGCAUUAAGGAUCGGGACGGACCCCAAGCUCAGAAUCCGGCACCCAUGAGUCGAGCAUCCCAGCGAGCCUUUAAUGCAGGUAACGAACUUCGACAGCGCCUUGCCCUUGAGCGCGGCGGAGCGAGUGGUAGCCCCGGAAGAAGCAGAGAUCAUCCUAUCAAGAUGGACUAA